AUGUGUUGGAAAAGUAAUAAUUCAUUGAAUGCAUUGAUAGACACUAAUAGAUAUGCAUUAGUGAAGCAUAUCUUUUCAAUUGUCAUCUCAUUGAAUAUAAUUUCAAACUGUUUGGCCACAUCUGAAUCUAGUGAUUUAGAUCGUUGUAACCGAACUGUUGAGACAUUUCAAACGGUGUCUUCUCCAGUGGUCACAGAAGCCAAUCGAGGAAAACCAUUGCACUGUACUUAUCGGAUACGUCCGCGACCUCCGAGAGAUGAUUGGAUUGUAUCGGUUCGGUUCACUCGCUUUAAAGUAGGCGAACCCAGUAAUGAUAGACAAAAAUGCAUCGACGGAUAUGUGCAGAUAGUGGACGGAUAUCGAGAAUCUAAUUAUUCAAAUAAAGAUAAUUCCGGAUACUUUUGUGGAGAGAUCGAUACUCCAAAGAUAUUCAACUCAGAGACACCUUAUGUUAAGGUUAUACUUCAUGUCGACGACUACCAGAGCGAUAGCUUCAUUCAAUUUGAUGUCAAUGUUGAACAACAAAAUGCAGUUUAUAGCCGUUAUGGACCCUUUCAUCAGCUCUAUCCUCAUAGACGUGGUGUUGCUGUCACUGGAACUUACUGUGAAAAGACAUACCCUGACUGCUCUCCCGGUCCCCGAUGUAUCAUACAAUCUCCCGGUUAUCCUGGAAUAUAUGGGCGUAACUUAAAGUGUAGAUACCACCUGAACGCUAGAAAUAGUUUUGUUGGCUUAGAGUUGAGUGGUUUUGAUGUGGACGGCCAGUCGUGUGAUAACCUCUUAAUGUGUUUUCCACGUCCUGUUAGUACCGAUCAAAACGACUGUCUUUACGAUUUUGUACGUAUUUAUGACGGCGACGAUGAAAACAGUCCAAUAAUUGCAACACUUUGUGGAAAGGGACGUAUUAAAUCAAGUAUUAUAUCGUCAACAAGUAAUAUGUUAGUUGAGUUUAUAACAUCACCGGCCGGUCCUUUACAGAGCACUGGUUUUCAUUUUAAAGCCGAUGCUAUUAUUGAUACGGGAAAUUCACAAUCAAUACAGUUAUCAAAUGGCAGUUGUCUGUUAGAAAGGCAGCUAUUUUUGGACAGUAAUGCGGGUAAUAUGUUUGCACCGAUACGGUCGUGGUAUCCGUCAAACACUACAUGUGUUUAUAAGUUGACGACUUUGGAGCCAAAUAUGUUGAUAUCACUGGAAUUCUUGUGGUUUCGCAUCGAAAGAAUCACUUUAUGUGAGGAAAGUGUCCGCAUAUAUGAUGGCAACGAUACUGACGACACAAAACUGAUUACAAGACUCUGUGAUAUGAAUAAACCACAAAGCGGAAACAGUGGCACAAUAUAUGAGAGCUCCGGACCGUCGCUAACCGUUGAGUUUUCAUCACAAAUCGGAUCAUUUGACGGCUCGUCUAUAAACUAUGCAUUUGAGGUCAAACUCAUUCAUAAACCUAACGAUACGGAUGUCAAUGACAUAUACACACAAAAUAUCACGAGUUAUGGCACCAGGAGUUUGGAUGAUCUCAAUACUAACAAUAAUACUGUUAUUGUAUAAACCAAUCAUUAAAACCAUUAAAUCAAUUUUUUUUAAAAAACAAUUUUACUUUUAUUAUAGAAUAUAAUAAAAAUUGUAGUCAAUUGAAAAUAA